AUGUGCUGUUACCUAAUUAUGGCAACCGAGUGGACGAAUUACCUAGCGGUGACUCGUCGCAAAGUGCAGCUCCUUCAUCACCAGACUGAUCACGUCGGAAAUACGGCUCGCAACUCGGCUAGCUCCUUUUUCAGUAGCGGAACACGCAACAAUAUCCCUUUUGGCGCGUCGCAAUAUCAUUCGCAACGCAGGGAAACUUCGUGCCCAAAAAGCAAACAUGGCUGGGCAAGCUUUCACUCGAUUGCCGUAGCGCCCGUCGUAGUAGCAGCCCCGCGUCUUGUCUCUGUCGUAGAUGUUGUGUUGCGACUGGGCAGCACUGUUACGAGUACGGAUGAGGAUAUAUUGGGUGGGUUGAACCCCUCUUUCUCCUCCCUCAGCUCCCCAGAGUCGCAGUGCCUCAAGAAGCAUAACGACCCCCCGAAUUUCUGUUCCAGAUCUUGCCUCAUUAUCCCCAUUUACUCGAGAACAAAUCAUCCCCAUGCAGCAAGUUUUGGUUGGUCACAUAACACGAGCAACCACAAUGGCCAACGACGCCCUCAACACCAACCGACGCGUCGGCGCCCAGGCCGACCUGGCCGUCACCACCCGCGGCUCGGAUUGGUACUUCGCCGUCUGCGCCAUUAUGGCCGUCUCGACUCUCGCCUUCCUCGGCAUGGGCAUGGCUAA